AUGCCAUGGAUGCCUCCCUUUGCAGCUAUGUUGCACAGCAGCAGCUACAACAGGAACCUGUAUCAGUCAAAAGAGGACCACUGUGGAGGGCUCUGUUACCAUGACAACAACGUCCUGUCAGGGUCUUUGGAAGUUCUGAUGCAGCAAUUAGUACCCAAUGUCUAUUACUAUCCUGAUAACGAGAUAUUAAAAAUUGCACCCAAAAUACUGCUGUUGUUGACUGAAUGGACAGAGACAUUUCCUUAUGAUUUCCGAGAUGAAAGAAUGGUGAGGAAAUUAAUGGAGUUGGCACAAAGUAUAGCCAGUGUUGAUGAGAUGUACGGGAAGAACUUGGAGCAGCCUCUCCAGAACCUCGUUCGGAAGAUCACCACUCUUAGACAGUAUGAGGAAGCAUUUGCAAAAAUUAAUGCCACAUCCACAGAUUGCCUUAGAGUUAUAAAGACAAAGCAGUCCAUCCAGAGGGACAUAAUCACAGUGUGCAAUGAUCUCUACAUGUUAGCUCAGCAGCUGACACACAUAGAACUGGAGAGACUCAAUUAUAUUGGACAAGAAGACUUUGUCCAGGAGUUUGUGCAAAACGAGCUUUUGGAUAAUGACAAGAGGGAAAAACGUGUUGUCUCUACUAAAUCAAUGGCGCAGGAGUGA